AGGGGGCGGCGGCCCAAGCCGGAGCCGGAGAACAGAAGGCGGCGGCGGCGGCGGCGGAGGAAGAGACCAUGGCGGCGGCAGCGGCGGCGCAGCCCCAGCUGCAGACUUUGACUCUCUCAGGAAGCGCUUGAGUGGACUGCGUUGUCAGAAUCUUAAGAAUGAUUAACCCCCAGUUAGGCUGAAGUCAACUUCACUGAGUCAAAACAACUCCCUUGGACUCAUCGAUGGAGUUGUAACCUCCCUCAUUUGAGCCUCCUGUGAAUCUCUUCUCUUCCCCUUCAAUUUCCCCCAUCCAUAACCGUUUCUGAUGAACGUCCCUGAGACCCUGAGCCUUCCCGGCAUGGCGAGCCCAGCCCUCAGCCCUGACUCCUCUUCCCAUGAGGCCCUUUCAGGCCCUGCUUGUUCCCCCACCUCAGAUUCUGAGAACCUCAGCCCAGAUGAACUGGAGUUGUUGGCCAAACUAGAGGAACAGAAUCGACUUCUGGAGGCUGACUCCAAGUCGAUGCGUUCCAUGAACGGUUCCCGGCGAAACAGCGGUUCUUCCUUGGUCUCUAGCUCCUCAGCCUCUUCCAACCUCAGCCACCUGGAGGAAGACACUUGGAUUCUCUGGGGCCGAAUUGUUAAUGAGUGGGAGGAAUGGCGUCGCAAAAAAGAAAAGCUGCUCAAGGAGCUGAUCCGGAAAGGCAUUCCUCACCACUUCCGCGCCAUAGUGUGGCAGCUUCUCUGCAGUGCCACAGACAUGCCGGUGAAGAACCAGUACUCAGAACUGCUCAAAAUGUCUUCUCCCUGUGAGAAACUGAUCCGUCGAGACAUUGCACGUACCUACCCUGAGCAUGAGUUCUUCAAGGGGCAGGACAGUCUGGGCCAGGAGGUCCUCUUCAACGUCAUGAAGGCUUACUCCCUGGUGGACAGAGAGGUGGGCUACUGUCAAGGCAGCGCUUUCAUCGUUGGCCUGCUUCUAAUGCAGAUGCCUGAGGAGGAGGCAUUCUGUGUAUUUGUGCGGUUGAUGCAGGAAUAUCGUCUACGGGAACUUUUUAAGCCUAGCAUGGCUGAGCUGGGGCUCUGUAUAUACCAGUUUGAGUACAUGUUACAGGAGCAGCUUCCAGACUUGAAUAUCCACUUUCGAUCCCAGAGCUUCCAUACCUCCAUGUAUGCCUCAUCCUGGUUCCUCACACUCUUCCUCACAACCUUCCCCUUGCCGAUUGCCACCAGAGUCUUCGACAUCUUUAUGUAUGAGGGACUGGAAAUUGUGUUCCGGGUGGGUCUGGCCCUGCUGCAGGUGAACCAGAUGGAGUUGAUGCAGCUGGACAUGGAGGGCAUGUCACAAUACUUCCAAAAGGUGAUACCCCAUCAGUUUGAUAGCUGUCCUGACAAGCUGAUUCUCAAGGCCUACCAGGUCAAGUACAAUCCCAAGAAGAUGAAAAGGUUGGAGAAGGAAUAUGCUGCCAUUAAAAACAAAGAGAUGGAGGAGCAGAUAGAGAUAAAAAGGCUACGGACAGAGAACCGGCUCCUGAAGCAGCGGAUUGAGACCCUAGAGAAGGGGCAGGUCACCCGAGCCCAAGAGGCUGAGGAGAACUAUGUCAUCAAAAGGGAGUUAGCUGUGGUGAAACAACAGUGCAGCUCAGCCACUGAGAACCUCCAAAAGGCUCAGAGUACCAUCCGGCAGCUCCAGGAGCAGCAGGAUAAUCCUCGCCUAACAGAAGAGUUUGUGGCCCACCUGGAGACAGAACUGGAACAGUCUCGAAUGCGUGAGACAGAGACCCUGAGUGCCCUUCGAGAGAUGCAAGACAAAGUCCUGGACAUGGAGAAGAGGAACAACUCACUUCCUGAUGAGAACAAUGUGGCCCGGCUGCAGGAGGAACUUAAAGGUCUAAAACUUCGGGAGAGUGAGGCCGUGGCCUCUCUUCGGGAGCUGAAACUGCAAGUUCAGGAGCUCACAGACAGCUGGCAGGCCCACCUCUCCCGGGGAGGGAGAUGGAAGGAGUCUCCCCGAAAGCUGGCCCUUAGCGACCUGCAGGAUGAACUGAUGACUGUGCGGCUGCGAGAGGCCCAUGCUCUGGCGGAAGGGAGGGAGCUGCGGCAGCGAGUGGUGGAGCUGGAGACACAGGACCAGAUCCACCGAAACUUGUUGAACCGGGUAGAAGCAGAGAGUGCAGGCCUGCAGGAAAAGCUCCAUUACCUGGUGGCACAGAACAAAGGCCUGCAGACCCAACUGAGUGAGAGCAAACGCAAGCAUGCUGAGGCUGAGUGUAAGAGCAAGGAGGAGGUGAUGGCAGUAAGGCUCCGAGAGGCAGACAGCAUGGCUGCUGUAGCGGAGAUGAGGCAGCGCAUCGCAGAGCUGGAGAUUCAGAGAGAAGAGGGUAUGAUUCAGGGGCAGCUCAACCACUCAGACUCCUCCCAGUACAUCCGUGAGCUCAAGGAUCAGAUUGACGAACUCAAGGCCGAGGUUCGGCUACUGAAGGGCCCACCCCCAUUUGAGGACCCCUUGGCAUUUGACAGCCUCCAUUUGGUACGUCAUUUGGAUGAGGACUCGCUGCCCUCCUCUGAUGAGGAGCUCCUGGGUGUAGGCGUAGGGGUAGGGGCAGCCCUCCAGGAUGCCCUGUAUCCUCUCUCUCCCCGAGAUGCCCGGUUCUUCCGACACCUGGACCGCCCAGCCAAGGACAGUGAGGGCAGCACAGACAGUGAAGCUGAUGAGCUGGCCCCUUCCUACGGCCAGAGCCUGGGUAACUGAGGAAUGACUGCCUCCCUGGCUUGCCCCGCCUGGGGCCCAGACCUCUCAUGUUCAGGGGGGUAGGAGGGCAGGCUCUUCCCAACCUCCAUCCAGCAUUCUUCCUGGAGGGGAUGUCCCCUCCCCACAGGGAUGAGGGGGAGUGGGGCACAUCUGGGUGUGCCUAGCCCCUCCACAGAGGGCACCAGAACAUCUCCCUUGAGUGUUGUCUACACUGCCCUCUCCCAAGGGCGCUUGUGAUUCACUGUAUUUAAACUCAACUCCAUUCUGUGGCUCCCUUCCCAUCUCCCACCACCCUCAUUCCUUUCAGGGGUUCUCUAGGGCAGGGACUGGGAGACAGGAGGAUGCUAUGACUCUGGGAGUCACAGGCUCCCCUCCUCCUCGGAACACUUCUGUGGUCUCUAAGUUUCUGAUUGUUCCCAGUGUUAUUUAUUUAUCUACAAGAGGAUUGCUUUGUUCUCCUCCCCCAUCCCUGACUGCCCAGGACCAGAAAGCACUGCCGUUCCCUCCAGAGAGCAGCACAGGCACUGGAGCGAGGAGGGGCAUAGAGGACCAAUGAUCAGUACUGGCCUUCUCUGUGGCAAGUGCCACAGCUUCUCUGCCUCCAUCCCUAGGAUUAGGCUGCCUGUCUUCUCCGGGGACUUGAGAGUUCAGGACACGUAGACCUUCCUGCCCUGCCACAUCCUUGGAGGUGCUUCAGAUUAACCACGUCCCUGCCUGCCGGCUCUGCACCUCCACGUGUAGGGGUUGGUGAGGGUGUUGGGGGGAGGGCAGGAUUCAGCCAUUAGCAGAUCUGACAAGGGAAGCAAGAUUCCUGAGUCAAAAGAUUCCCUCCUAAGGAAAAAAGAAGCCAGGUCUUGACAGAUGGGUCAUGGCCACAGGCCUCCCGGAGCUAUAACCUAGUGUCAGAGCAAGACUAGGAUUCUCUUUUCUGUGACAUAAAGACCACCAGCUGCCCCUGAGCUAUGGCCUCCUGCUUUGGUCAGGCUGACGAAAGAGGCUGGCUUACACCCUUGAAGAUGCAGGACGUGCAAGCUACCCACCUUCAUCUGUUUGCUGGGCCUUCUGUGGGAUCUUCCACUCUAGAAUUCCUUGGCCCUGGCAUGUCCAUACUCUCAGUGACUAGCUCCGUCCUUCCCAGGCCAUCCCCUUGUAGCCCAUGAGGUGGAAGGACUGGCCUCAGAACAGGAAGAGAUGGUUGGGGCAGUCCCUGUAUCAAUUUGGGCAUUGUGCCUUCCACUAGCAGCUGCCUCUUCUUCCCUGUGCCAAUUCCAUUUUCUCACCGUAUUGUUUCUCCUCCGCCACUCCCUUCUUGCCAUCAGCCAAGCCAGUACCUGGGUCAGUGCCCCUGGAGGAACAGGCCCUUUUUCUGCUAAAACCAAAGUCAUCCCAGUCUGGGGAGCAAAUAUCUAAGAGAAUGUCUAGAAGUAUCUGCUCAUCCUGAGCAGCUUACCCACCCACCCACCUGCCACUAGUCCCGGCCAGGGUUAAGUAAGCUCCUAUACCCAGAGGUCUGAGGAGGAUUUCUUUGGGCCACAGAGGGGAAGAAGGAAUCUUCAUUUGGCUCCUGAGCUAAGAGAGGAACUGCUUUAGCCACCCCUAGAGCUAGUGAAGAGCGGCCUCUGACCAUCAUAGUCUCAGACCGUGGAGCUCCCUCACCAUACAGAGCCUGCUCAUCCCACCAUGGAGCAUCCUCUUCCCCUACACCCAGCACUUUGCUUUCUAAGGUUUUCCUGGUGUCUCUUUUCUUUGCCAACAUUAAAGGUGCUGCCAGGCUUCCUCAUAGCCAGAUGGUGACCAGACCCUAGAGGGAAGGGGGUAGGGAGAUUGUCACUUGAGUGUCUUAUCCCAUUUGUCUCUCCUUGCAGUACAGUAUCAGUAUUCAGCACCCAUCUGUGCCCUUCUGUACCCUCCCCCUUCACUCCAAGCGGGUCAACCAAUCCAGAAGAAGCCACCUAGGAGGGGAAGGAACUUGGGCAAAGAGGAAUAGAAAUGUUUCCCUGGUAGGCCCUGUCCUAGGAACCUGCUUGUAGAAUUUGUGCCUGUGGCCAUGGAAGGAAGAAGUGCCCUAUUCCCUGGAGAAUAAGACUUCUGGUCUUCCAUUUCAUCCCUGACUCCUCCCCCUCGGGCUCCGUUUGCUGAGUUUGAGAACUUAGGUGCCAAAAUCCAUGAAGUGUCUACUUAAGCUGCUCUGGGGGCAUGCUGCCCUCAAACACACACACUAUACCCUAAGUGUUAUUCUCUGUCCUCCUCCCUGUCCUUGCAGAAGGAUCUGCCCUAUCUUUCAUUCCUCACACCAUGCUCUCUUGUCCUCCCCCAGUCACUGAGGGCUCAUGGCUCCAGGGCAGCCCACCACAUUGGUGCUCCCAAAGCUAUCUCCUGACCCCUGCCACCGUUGCCCCUGCCCCUUAGCUGAUAUCAGAAGCAAAUAGUCUGAUCUAUACUUAAUAGGAAAGCCCCUGUGGGGCCGGUUUCCCACUCUCUUUACUCCAUCCCUUUUCUCUUACGUACAUACACAGCAUCACCUCCCACUGGCUCUGUCCUCUGUGUCGAGACCAGAAGUAGUUGAGGGUGACUGGUAUUCUGCAGGUGUCUGGCCUGCUCUGCAACAUCCUGUCAGGUGUAAGUGUAUGGCCUCCACCUCCCCCCUCUGCCCGCCGCCAUCUCACACUGCCUGUAUGAACCCAUGUGUCUCCACACAAGGUUGGAAAGACAAAUAAUAAAGCAUAUUUACACGGUC